AUGGCGCAGUACUUCUUCGACCUCCUCUACAAUUUCACUGAUUGCAUGUGCUGUUUCCCCAGCUCGCCGCAAUUGAAGAUCAAUAAUCGAAGCUUUAAAUUACUCCGGCUCCUAGGCGAGGGCGGUUUCUCCUACGUCUACCUCGUCCAAGACAAAUCCUCCUCCGAACUCUUCGCCUUGAAAAAAAUCCGUUGUCCCUUCGGUCAAGAAUCGGUGUCGCAAGCUCUGAAAGAAGUCGAAGCAUACAACCUAUUCACCUCGCAAGCCAAUAUCAUCCAUUCAAUCGAUCAUUGCGUUUCCACAGAGUCAGGCUCUACAUUCCGAUCCGACGGCGGCGAUGCUGGCUCCAAGACCGUCUAUAUUCUACUACCAUACUAUCAACGAGGAAACCUCCAAGAUGCUAUCAACGCGAACUUGGUCAACCACACCCGCUUUCCAGAGAAGCGGUUGAUGAUGCUGAUUCUCGGGGUAGCCAAUGCGCUUCGAUCAAUGCACCAGUAUCGUGUCAAAAGCGGUGCGGAAUCCACCCGCAAGGCGAGAGGCGUUCGCGCGGAAGGCGAGGAGGCGGAUUCGGAGAGGACCAUGCAAAUGAAACCGAAACGGCGAUCGACUAAUCGUCCGCAAGAGGAUGACGACGAUGAGGAGAAUGAACCCUUGAUGGACGAUGAAGUGACACAAAGCCAGGAAGGUGUUCAGGAUGGUGACUUGCGUCCCUAUGCGCAUCGCGAUAUCAAGCCUGGUAACAUUAUGAUCGACGACGACGGCCAAUCUCCUAUUCUCAUGGAUCUUGGUUCCUUGGCACCCAGCCCCAUUGCCAUUACCUCCCGGUCUCUAGCGUUAGCUGUUCAAGAUACAGCCGCAGAGCACAGUACCAUGCCCUACCGUGCACCCGAACUAUUUGAUGUGAAGACCGGAUCAAUUAUUGAUACCAAGGUUGAUGUUUGGUCGCUAGGCUGCACGCUGUAUGCAUGCCUGGUCGGGAAAAGCCCCUUCGAGGCCCGCAGCGAGGAAACCGGUGGUAGUCUGAGUAUGUGUGUUCUCGGUGGUGACUGGCGAUUCCCAGAUGAGAAGUCCAAUGCUACCAAGGGCAAAGGAAAGGCCGGAGGUGACAGCGAUGAUGCGUCAAAGAGUAGCGGAAGCACCACAAUCAGCGCCCCGGUCAAGGAACUCGUUCGCAAGUGCCUCCAGGUCGAACCCUCCGAACGCCCCGAUAUUGAUGAAUUAAUCACCCUCAUCAAGGAAGUGGUCACUCAAUUGGCAGACGACGACGGAGCCAGUGCAUCUCAUUAG